GCACACAUUCUCACUCACACACACACAUACAUACACAGGGAUCACGCCUCCACCGGGAUCAGGCGGACGCUGGCGCCUUCCGUUUUUCAUUUCAUCCUGACGGUACAUCUAUAUUCGUUUGUAAAUAUUUGCCGAGAUUAUAAAUAGUGUCGGGAUUUUUUAUAUCUGCACGUCUUACUAUAUAUACAUAUCAUUUCUAUAUUUAAAAAGGAAAAUACACUUCUUUGUAAUCUCUUGAACAUCCACCCGCGUCGCUUCUACACUGGAAGAACAACUCCUUUGCCGUAAGAAGAUGGCAACUUUAACCAACGGACAAGUGGACGGCUCAGUUCACGCUGGAGCGGCCAGCACAAACGGGCUCGUGAACGGAAUAAGCCACAGCCACAGUCCCGCGAGCUGCGCCACCAUUCCCAUGAAGGAUCACGAUGCCAUCAAACUGUUCAUCGGGCAGAUACCGCGGAACCUGGACGAGAAGGACCUCCGGCCGCUCUUCGAGGAAUUCGGCAAGAUCUACGAGCUGACCGUGCUGAAGGACCGCUUCACGGGCAUGCACAAAGGCUGUGCCUUCCUGACAUACUGUGCGAGGGACUCGGCUCUGAAAGCGCAGACCGCUCUGCACGAGCAGAAGACCCUGCCUGGGAUGAACAGGCCAAUCCAAGUGAAGCCAGCAGACAGCGAGAGCAGAGGAGAAGACAGAAAACUGUUUGUGGGGAUGCUGAACAAGCAGCAGUGUGAGGAUGACGUGCGACGCCUCUUUGAGUCCUUCGGCAGCAUCGAGGAGUGCACCAUUCUUAGGGGCCCUGAUGGAAACAGCAAAGGUUGUGCAUUUGUGAAGUAUUCGUCUCAUGCUGAGGCUCAGGCGGCGAUUGCUGCUCUACACGGGAGCCAGACCAUGCCUGUAAGUGGUGCCUCCUCCAGUCUGGUGGUGAAGUUUGCCGACACUGAUAAGGAGCGCACCAUCCGGCGCAUGCAGCAGAUGGCCGGUCAGAUGGGCAUCUUUAACCCCAUGGCCCUGCAGUUCGGCGCCUACGGAGCCUACGCACAGGUGCAGCAGCAGGCUGCUCUGAUGGCGUCGGUAGGGCAGGGCGGCUACCUGAGCCCCAUGGCUGCGUUCGCUGCCGCUCAGAUGCAGCACAUGGCCACCAUCAAUGGCCUGCCGGGAGCCCCUAUGACCCCCACGUCAGGUGGCAGUACUCCUCCAGGUAUCACAGCUCCCACGGUGACCAGCAUCUCCUCCCCCAUCAGCGUGAACGGCUUCACCGGCCUCCCCCCGCCGCAGGCCAACGGCCAGCCCCCUGCCGAGGCCGUCUUCACCAACGGCAUACACCCCUACCCGGUCUUGCAGGAGGUGGUGUUUAGGGAGGACUCGGAGAAGGCUCCCCGCAGCUGUUUUGGGGUGCAGGGCAGCUGUUUCCUGUCCCCCCUCUCUGAAGCUCAGAGUCCAACUGCAGCUGAUCCCCUUCAGCAGGCUUAUGCCGGAGUUCAGCAGUAUGCAGCAGCCUACCCAGCAUACGGUCAGAUCAGCCAGGCCUUUCCCCAGCCUCCUCCCCUAAUCCCACAACAGCAGAGAGAAGGGCCAGAAGGCUGCAACCUGUUCAUCUAUCACCUCCCUCAGGAGUUUGGGGAUGGGGAGCUCAUGCAGAUGUUCCUGCCUUUCGGUAAUGUCAUCUCCUCCAAAGUGUUUGUGGAUCGCGCGACAAACCAAAGUAAAUGCUUUGGCUUUGUGAGUUUUGAUAAUCCGGGCAGUGCCCAGGCUGCCAUCCAGUCCAUGAACGGCUUCCAGAUUGGCAUGAAGAGGCUGAAGGUGCAGCUCAAGAGGCCGAAGGACGCCAAUCGCCCAUAUUAACCCUCCCCCUCCCCCCUUUCACCACCCCUCCACCCUGGGGGUGGGAUUCCACCGCUGUGCACAGGGAACAACAGGUUUUUGUAGAGCUGGACCACACGUUGACAACAUGACAAAAACGUCGUUGACAUCAAAAGAAACAAAAACAAACUAACAAAAAAGGACCAGAUUUUGCUGGGGAGUUGAGCUUCAGGUGGAGACGGAGGGCUGACUGCGGAUGUUGAAGAGCCAGCCCCCAGAGUGGACUCCACAGCCGGGCCACACGGACCUUUCACCAACCCCUCGAGAACCAGGAUGCUUUGGGUCUCACCAGGACCUUCCCUCUCUCUCACCAUCUGCCUGGGGAAGACCCAUCUCAUAGGACCAUGGAAGUACCACGUUGAAAAAAAUAACUAGAUAUAAUACUGAAGAAAUGAAAAAAGGAAGAACAAAAAGAGCAAGAAGAAACAAAUUAACUUUCAAGAAAACUGAUAAAGACUUUUAAGGGGAAACGACAUACUCUUGGGGUUUGAGAGGAGAAAAUGAAAAAAAAAAACUCUUUUUAACAAUUUUAGAAGAACUUGAAGACAAUGACAAAAAAUGAGAAACUUUUUGGAGAAAGAGGGAACAUUUUGAAGGAGAUGACGAUUCAGGACACAAACUUUGUUUCGUUUUUUUGGGAUGGCUAUCUUUAUCUUGGAGUGCCUGUCCGUUUCCAGGGGCCACGGUUGCCAGAGCAACAGCAACAGUCCCCCUGGGAGACUUACCCGUCAUUCCUUAGUUGUUUAGGGACCAAAAGACCAAGCCUUUUUACUGCUAAAAGACUCAUAGCUGUAACAUAUGUCGGACCACUGCAUCUCUUUCGCUGUGCCAAUCAGUUCAAAGAGUUGUAUUUAAAGAAAAAAAAAAUGUAUAAGUAGACUCUAUAUAAAUAUAUGUAUAAAACAUACAUAUAUAUAUAUUGCUGAUAUGCUUUUGAAUACUGGCAAAACUAUUUCAGAUGAUCCUGUGGAGGGUCACUCACUUCGCUAGUUUACAACUUACUGCUACAAAAAUGAAAAAGUAUUUAUUUUUUUCUCUUCUUGAUUUUUCUUUUUUUUGUUCCUCCUCCUGACCAGGAGGUGGGGGUGCAUGGGGAGGGUUGUUGCUGUCGCAGCCUUACCUUUUAUAUCUGCACAUCCUAACCUUGUAGUUAAGAAACCACCGCUAAACGGUUUGAAAUAUACAAACUCCUUUAUAUUUACAGUACAUAUAGAUAUAUAUGUAUAGCGAAAAAAUUCAAGCUAAAAAAAUGUAUUCAUAUAUAUACUGACGUGUACAAUAACACUCAUCUAUAUAUAUGGAUACAUGGAUAUUAAUCCUGAAACCCAUAUAUGUAUUUAUAUGCAUAUAUUUUAUAUAUGUGUGUAUAUAUCUAGAAAAACGGCUAUUCGAUUAGGUAGAGCUGUACUUUUUUGUAGAUUUUAGCUGGAGUUUGAAGCACUGCUCUGCUUGGUCUUAACCCUGGGAAGAGUCACACACCUGGCAGCUCCCACUCAGCAGGCAUUCCUCUCUCUGACGACAACAUAUAUGCCAACGCACACGGGACAAGUGUGUAUAUUAUUACUAUAUAUGUAUAUACCUGUAUAUGCUACUCUUCAAAGAAAAAAAAAACGCAAAAAGGCCUCUUCCUAUUUAGAAGACUUGAAGAGAGUCAGGCUCGAGAAUCAGGAUAUUUCUCCUUUUUCGACUUCUUUCCUUUCGAGAGAAAAGACUUUACACAAUAUCCUAAGCAUAUCUGCCUCUUUUGCCAAGUAGACUUGACGUACACACGAUAAACACAUACACACAAAAAAAUACAGUACACACAGGGUGUCACACACACAUGGAACUAAACUUUGAAUGCAUACAGUAUACAUACAAACACACACACACACACACACAAACUCACAAACAGUGCUCUUGUAAAAGCUGGAAAUCAGAUGUGACAGUAAUCAUUUGGGUCUCUCCUGGGUGUGCAAAGAUUGUAGGCCGUUCCACACUGUCCUGACAAUGUGACAUGCAAACACUGUGUUUGUCAGCGUCACAAGCAGCCUCCGUUAACUUGAUGUCAAGCCCGCUACGGCAACGGUCUAGUCCAAACAGAGCUGCAAAAAAAUAAAAAAAUUAAAAAUAAAAUAAAAUAAGACAAAAAAAUAAAUAAAUGAUUAAGCCUAAUAGUUAGCUAGCAUCUUAUGUAGGAUAUUCUCUCGCCUGACACUCAAAGCCUUGAGCCUUUUUAUUUUUAGCCAUUGCACAGUUCUAUGGUGACACUGAACACGAACAGGGCAUUAAGUUCCGUUUUUCGGUCACAAAAGGUAUUUACAACAGACUCCACCCAAGCAGUAUUUUACACAGGGGCCGCCCAGAGAGGGAGCCAACUGCUCAUCAACAGACUUGAUCUUGAAGCUAAAUUAGCACAUAGCUCCGAAUGAGGAGGUAGUUUGAAAGCUAUGUGCUUGGGUCAAUGGGAAGUUCUACAGCAUGAAAUCAGGAGGAAGGAUGUAUUGAUAGGGUGGGGGGGGUAAAGGUCACGUGGAGUCGAAUCUGACUUUCACUGAUCACUGAGUAUUGCCUGCCGCAUGGCUUCGGUGGACCCUAGAGGUUUGCAGGUGUUGCAUGGCUGACUGCUUCCGCGUUACAAAGAAAAAGGGAGGUGUGUGAAGGUCCUGCAAACGACGCUCUAGAUUGUGAAAGAACCGGACGGCGAGAGGUUUUUAAGCACCUGCAUUUAUCAGCCCCCUCUCAUUGGCUUUCGUCCUGCACUUCCGGACUCACACUUCGCUGCCAGAGUGACAUUGCAGAGACCACCUCCAAGAAUGUCUCACACACAUCAUUCAUACCUCACAAGCACGACAGGAUAGGUCUCUUUUCUUUCCUUGGUUUUUAACCUUCAAUCCUGUCUCUGACAGUAAUCUGUUUUAUUCUGCCUCUUUGUAUCACUGCUGAAAUCAUACUUUAAGUUCUUCUUGCAAGCAUGUCUCAUUUGGUGGGUUACAGCCAGUGUAUUGUUUAUGAUGUAAACAUUUUUGGUAUCAUUCUCAAAUGCAGGCUUUACUCUUAAACCCCACAUGAGUUGCUCAGACUAGACUGCAUCAUAUUGAAUCUCCCCUUUUCACUCCAAAUGCUCAACUUUAACCUUGUAAAUAACGACACAAGCCGUUACAUAACACAACUUACCACAGUAGGCCACAGUUAAGGGUGAUUGGGUUGAAAUAAAUUUAAAAGAUUUACCUGUGUCAACACAUUUUUGGAAGAUGAAUAUAUGUGGUAUACAGGACAUGGCUUCCAUGAUGUCAAUUUUAGCCAAUUGUGGGUAACUGAAGGGAGGAAAGGAAAGACACGCCACUUGCAUACUUGAUUUUCCUCAGAGUGAGAGCAGCAUUUCUCCGCCAUAUUUGAAGGACUCUCCAGAAUGGGAUAGUCUUUGGUGAUAUAGCAGCCGGGAAAUGCAGCCCUUGCCAUGGCUGUAGCCUACAUCAUGAGACAUGCUCUACUCAAAACAUGCCUCGCAAUUUCUCUUUCGCUUUCUCUUUCUAUUAUCAGACCACCACCAUCAGUAAUGCUGCAGCUGUUUGCAUAAACAGUCCAGAGAAAUAUAAUGGUUAACAGGCAACCAAGAAAUCAGAAGAGGAUUUAUUAUAAAUAUAAAUAUAUAAAUAUAUACAUAAACUGGUGAAUAUACUGUAAAUGUUUCUUUUUGGGGGGGGCUCUCUUUUCUUCUGUACAUAGGUUUGCAUAUUUUAUAGGACUUUUUUCUUCUAUCUAUGAGGACUGGAUGAAAAUGAAUCACUUUAAAUAAUGAAAUAAGACAAAUUAGAAAAAAAAAAAGAUAAUGCUAUCGAAAAAAAAAAAGUGAAAUCUUUUAAAAUGAACGCAGGGGAACAUUGAGGCCACAGGUUUGUGAAUGGGGGGAGAGGAGAGUGGAUGGAGAGAGUGCAGAGGAUGAGAGAAGAGAGCACCCAGUUCAAUCAGAUGGAAAUAACUUAACAUGCGUUCUUCGUACGCAUUGAGAAACCGUUAUGCCUACAUGCUCUGUUGAUUUCUGUUUAAUUUCUACGGUUGUAUUGUUUUCACAUGUUAAUUUAUUUAUUUUGCCUGGAGUGAGUUAGUAUGUAUGUAUGUAUGUAUGGAUGGAUGUAUGGAGGAGUGGGAGUAUGUUUUAUUUAUUUUGUUAUUUAUUACAGAUUGCAUUUUUAACGAGUUUAUGAGUUUGUGCUUUGACAAGGAAGCCAUUUUUUUGGAAAAUAUAUUUUUGAAGAUGUUUUAUAUUAUGAAACAGGCAUUGGUCAGAGGCAGGGUCAUCAUUUCACUGGGGGACGUUCCAUAUGCCCACGUAAUGCUGGUCUUUGCUAUGUUCUGCUCAACUCUGCUGUUCUACCGUCUCUGUGUAGAUCAGAAAUGUGCUGUACCUUUUCCCCCCCUCUCCCCACACACACACACUCACAUAUUGCUCCAAUCCUAUCAUAGAACUAAGCCUGCAAUCCAACUUUCAAAAAUUGCAGAUUUUGCUCCAUCAUAUUUGUUGUGCUUAUCUUCUUUCUGAUUUCAAACAAGCCACUGGUCUGAUAUGCAGGAAUGAAACAUAAAAGACAUGUAGAUUGAUGAGCAAAUAAAUUAAAAUGACACAGAAACAAUCUUUUUUUCUCAGCACAGUGAAGGAGGGCAGAGUGUUGUGUGUGGUGUGCCAGCCUAUCAAUCACGGUGAGGCUGGGCGUGGGAUUGGUUCAUCACAAGUGGUACAGGACUUUGAUUGGUCAGAGCGCUUUGCUGCUCCUGCCGUUUCUCCAAUCAGUGCAUUUCUGUGGUCCUCGGACUCUUUUUUUGUAAUUUUACUGAAUGAUGCGUCUCCGCUUAGCCCAAUAAUAAAGCACAGUCUACAAUAAUCCCAA